AUGGACACAAGAACCUCCUUCUCCAUUCUGCUGCUGCUGUUUGGCGUCUCACAGGCAUCUCAUCUCAUGGAACCAAGCCAUGAAGAUGUGUUCAUACCACUGCCAGAAAAUGUUGAUAUCACUAAACAGAUUUUGGACUCCAACAAUGGAUCUUCUGAAGUCUUGAUUGAAGGAGAUCUAGUGUUUCCCAAAACUAGAAAUGCUCUCUACUGCUUUAAUAACAACUGUUUCUGGAAGAAAAACUCUAACAACAUAGUGGAGGUCCCUUACAUAGUGAGCAGUGAAUACUCCUAUUAUGACAAAUCAGUGAUUACAAAUGCCAUGUCCACCUUUCACUCCAAAACCUGCAUCCGCUUUGUGGCCAGAUCAACUCAGACCGACUACAUCAGCAUUGAGAACAAAGAUGGGUGCUACUCUUCUCUUGGCAGAACUGGUGGUAAACAGGUGGUCUCCCUCAACAGACAAGGCUGUGUGUAUCACGGCAUCGUUCAGCAUGAGCUCAAUCAUGCCCUGGGCUUCUACCACGAGCAAACCAGGAGUGAUCGUGACCAGUAUGUCAAAAUCAACUUUGAGAACAUCUCUCCUGAUAUGGCCUACAACUUCCAGAAACAAAACACCAACAACCAGAACACUCCAUACGACUACGGCUCCGUCAUGCACUAUGGAAGAACAGCCUUCUCCAUCCAGCCCGGCCUGGAAACCAUCACUCCCAUUCCUGAUGAUACGGUGGAAAUCGGACAGAGACAGGGACUGUCCAACAUCGACAUCCUGAGGAUCAACAAGCUGUAUGCAUGCUGA